AUGAGUUGGGCUGACCAGCUCAGGGCAGUGUGCUUAUGGCCGACUCUCACAUCAGCAGUCAUGAGCAGAGGUGACAACUGCACGGAUCUACUAGCAUGGGGAAUCCCUUCCAUAACGCAGGCCUGGGGACUAUGGGCCCUCUUAGGAGUGGUGACGCUGAUGCUUCUCAUCUCACUGGCUGCACUGUUGUCCCAAUGGACCAGUGACCGAAGCAGGAGUCAGCCGGGGCAGGGAUGCUCUGGAGGGUCUGUGGAAGAGGUCCCCCUGUAUGGGAACCUGCACUAUCUACAGACAGGACGACUGUCUCAAGAGCCAGGACCAGACCAGCAGGAAUCAUCCCCUGGAGGCCCUGCCAGGGCUGCAGAGGAGGUGAUGUGCUACACCAGCCUGCAGCUGCGGCCUCCUCAGGGCCGGAUGGCCAGUUCUGCGACCCCCAUCAAGUACUCAGAGGUGGUGCUGGACUCCGAGUCAAAGCCCCAGGCUGCCAGCCCCGAGCCAGAGCUCUAUGCCUCAGUGUGCGCUCAGACACGCAGAGCCCGGGCUUCCUUCCCAGAUCAGGCCUAUGCCAACAGCCAGCCUGCACCCAGCUGAGGAGGGUCUGGUGCACUGCCACCUCCUUGUCACAGGGGCUCCUGCUGCCCUGUCAGGAGCACACCUGCUUUCCAACCACACCCAAGGACUUCCAGCUAUCACCCAGUCACAGGUGGUGACCUACCCGGAAUUUCCUAUCUGAGCUUCGAGGGAGGUAUAUUGGGGUAUGGUAGGCCCAGGGCUUCCUGAGGAUGGAGGAAGCAAAGACAGUGGCCCCCUCCCCACUUCUCUUUUCUAUCUGUUCUCAGCCCUCAAACUCCCAGGUUGUCACCUCUUCCUCCUUCCGGAGUUCAACCAGAUCCUCCCCACUCCCCUCCCUCACAGCCUACCCUGUACCUCAGUGUCUCCUCAGGCACAGGAAGUGGGUACAGGGGCAGGCCUAAGAACCUGAGAGGAUGUGGGUAGGAAUCAUCUUUGGGAGUUCAUAGGCUGGAAAUGUCCUAAGACCUAUGCCCUGAGGGACCCAAACCUGGCUACUAACCUGAGAAUUCUGACGGGACAAUAUCAUCUGCAUGCUGCUGUCUCUGUCAUAUUUUGAAAUAAAAUU